CGCCCUUUCACAUUUCUGCGGAACGUGCAGUUGCGCUGAGUAACCCCGUACUGCUAUAUUUUUCCAUACUUCCUUGGACAUUUUUCCUCGAUGUCGGGCGUUAAUUAUAGCAAAUGGGAUCACAUUGAGGUCUCUGAUGAUGAAGACGAUACGCAUCCAAAUAUAGACACGCCUAGCUUAUUUCGAUGGCGUCAUCAAGCUCGUCUAGAGAGAGAUGCUGCUUGGAAGAGGGAGAAAGAAGAAUUUGAAAAGAAUUAUAAAUCUUUCCUAAGCAAAUAUAAUGAAACACAACAGAAAUUAAAUCAAGCUAAAGAGACUGGUGCAGAGAAUCUGUCCGAAUUACAGAAAACAUUUGAACAGCUUGAAGUUGAAGCAAAAGAAUGGUCGGUCAAAGAAGCGGAAAUGAAAAAGAAAGAAAGAUUGAGACCUUUAAAUAUUGAUACUAUUUGUAGGGAAGGAAAAUCGAAAACGUGUAUUAAUUCAUCAAAAUUGAAAUAUGAAGAAGAGAAUGAGAAAAUUGAUAAUUCUGAAGAAGCAGCUGUCAAUCGGUUGAAAGAUUUUGUUAAUAAGCAUAAUAAAGAAAUACGCAAAUUUGGAUUAUUCCGUAAACCGUUGGAUUCACAAAAUUAUCUUAUUGAAAAUCCUUAUCUGGUAUGCGAAGAAACAGCAAAUCAACUUGUCAUCUGGUGUAUUGAUUUAGCAGUGGAAGAGAAAUUUGAACUCAUGGAUCAUGUAUCUCAUCAGUGUAUAGUGAUGCAAUUUAUGCUUGAAUUGGCGAAAUCACUUAAAGUUGAUCCAAGAGCGUGUAUUAGACCAUUCUUUGCCAAAUUUAUAAAUCCAGAACCAGAAUAUCAAAAAGCUUUUAAUGAUGAACUUUCAGCAUUCCGAGAGAGAAUUCGUGCACGAGCUAAAGUUCGAAUAGAAGAAGCUAUGAUGCAAUAUGAAGAGGAAGAGAAAAAGAAACGUCUUGGUCCAGGUGGUCUUGAUCCAGUUGAAGUGUUUGAAUCACUGCCAGCGAAUCUCCAAGAAUGUUUUGAGAAAAAAGAUGUUGAAUUAUUAAAAACAGUACUAUGCAGUAUGGAUCCACAACAGGCUGAAUAUCAUAUGAAACGAUGUGUGGACAGUGGUCUAUGGGUUGACAAUGCUCGUAGUGCUGGUGACAAUGAAACCGGUGGUGGUGGUGAUCCUGAAGAAAACGGUAGUGCUGAUAAUAAGGAAACAAAUCAAGCAGAAGAAGAAACAUCAGUAGAAUCAGUUGAUGAAUCCUCUUGACUGUUAUAAUCAUUUGAUUGUGUGUGUGUGUUUGUAGCUGUGUGUCUGUGAGUGUAUGUCUACUUCUCAUAGCCUCCGCUGUGUGGAUCUUGAUCUACUUCUUCAUUUCUCUGUCUCCCUCUCCGCUCUUUCUGUGUGUUGAGUUUUUUUUUUUCAAAAUUAUCUCCUUUUUAGGCAUCCAGUUCAAUAAAAAAUCUACUUCAGACUGAAUUGCUGCGCUUCACUCCGCUCCAUUUUGUAAUACACACAUACGCAUGCAUGCACGCACACACGCACGCACGGAUGUCUUUUUUUCUAAUGUGUGUUGUAUGUGUGUGUUCGUGUGCGUGCGUGCGUGCGUGCAUUCGCGUGUGCAUUGCGUCGUAUACAUACAGUGUAAUUUCUGCAAUACAUAAAUUUGCGUAUCACACACAUUACUUCACAGUUGAUCUCUUCAUUUUUUUUUAUUUUCUUGUUAUUGGAUCCGGA